ACAACUUGGCUUGAUAUGCCCGAAAAAAAAAAGAACUUGGCUUGAUACGAGUUCUUUCCUUCUUCGGUUAAGUUGCCACAAAUCCCCAAAAGCACGUGCGCGCGAGAACACGCAAGCAGCCACACCAGUUUCGUUCCGGUAGCUGUAUUAUUAAACCCUCGCUUAAUGACCUGCACAACAAUUUCUGUAGCAAAUUGAGCUUCCACAGGCGCCACAAAGAGACAUCUACCAUCACUACCAGCAAGCUCGACACCUACACCAAUAAUGGAGAGGCGGCCGGAGCAGGACCUCGACCUUGAGCUCACCCUCCUCCACCCCGGCGCCUCGGCCGCGCCGGAGGAGCCGCCCGGCUUCUUCCUCUGCACGUACUGCGACCGCAAGUUCUACACCUCGCAGGCGCUCGGCGGCCACCAGAACGCGCACAAGUACGAGCGCACCCUCGCCAAGCGCCGCUGGGAGAUCGCCGCCAUGCGCUUGCAUGGGCGGUCGGGUGCCCUGGUCGACCCCCCCGGGAGCGCUGGAGCAGCAAUCGACCUGCCUGCAGGAGCGGAGCCUGCCGGGAGGGCGAGGAUCAAGUUGAACACUCACAAAGCUGCUCCGGAUCCGUCGUUGGCCGGGCAGUCCGGCAGCCUGCAGCACAGCAUAAGCAGCGGCUCGCCGGAGCGCGGCGUCGGGCGCGCCGACGAGCUGGACUUGUCCCUCAGGUUAUGAGGCGAAAGGCGAUUGAGCCCAUGACUGGCUGUCUGGCUCUAAGUUUCCCCUUAACCUUUGUACCAAUUAUUCUUUAAUUUGUGUUUGAUUUCUUGAGAAGAUUGCCUGGUUUCUAUUCUCCUGCACCCCUCCUCAUCUUGCAUGUGUGGCAAUACAAACUCGGGCGGCUUUGCAUGCUCUCUAAAAGGUUUGGAUAAUUCCGAGCCCAUAAAUUUCAAUUCGGCAGUGCCCCUUUCUCAUGUAAGUUUGGUUUUUGUCUCCUGGAAUAAUUUCAUGUCAAGAAAGAAUUGAGGCCAGUUCCUCAAGCUUA